AUGAAAAUGAGUACUGGUUCAAAUCAGAGGACUUUAUUCCAGACUUGGGGCGCCUCCGUUUCUCAAAACAAAGUUGUUCAACCGAAAAAAGAUGGCGAAAAAGCCGCUCGACGGCGCAGAACAACCCCAAGUACCGCUGCUCAGGUAGCUACAACACAUCCUCCUCGAAAUCUUUUAUGGACAGAGAUAGGUCAGGGGUCCACAUACACAGCAGAGAGUCCAGUGAGAACAGAGGACCCCAUGCCUGCUUAUGUAGAUGAAGAUGACGACGAUGAUCUUAUGUUGGUCGCUGUCUACGAAGCUGAACAGAGCCUGCAGUUUGGUAAUGCAAACUUUUUUCAAGAUGACAACCCUGUAGGAACAGAGAGCAGUGCCCUCUCUCCCAUCCCAUCAGGUGGGCGGGAAUAUCCUGACUUCCCUGGCUUUGACAGCUCCUCAGCUAAGGUAUGGAUCUACCCCACCAACUAUCCCAUCAGGGAGUACCAGCUGAAGAUAUCAGAGGCUGCCCUGUUUCAGAACACACUGGUCUGUCUUCCCACCGGUCUGGGAAAAACCUUUAUAGCCUCUGUGGUUAUGUACAACUUCUACCGCUGGUAUCCAUCAGGGAAGAUUGUAUUCAUGGCUCCCACCAAACCCCUGGUGGCACAACAGAUCGAGGCCUGUUAUAAAGUGAUGGGGAUCCCACAGGAACACAUGGCUGAGUUGACAGGUAGUACAGCAGCAAAGCAGAGACAGGAGGUGUGGAGGUCCAAGCGUGUCUUCUUCCUCACCCCUCAGGUCAUGGUGAAUGAUUUGUCCAGAGACACCUGCCCAGCUCAGCAGGUCAAGUGUGUGGUGAUCGAUGAAGCUCACAAAGCCCUGGGCAAUCACGCUUACUGUCAGGUGAUCAGACAGCUUGGCAGCCAGACUCAGCAAUUCCGCAUCCUGGCCCUCAGUGCAACUCCAGGGGGAGAUUCAAAAUCGGUGCAGUCGGUGAUCUCUAACUUGCUCAUCUCCCACAUUGAGCUGCGUUCAGAAGAAAGCCCAGACAUCCAGGCCCAUUCCCACCAGCGCAGCUUGGAGAAAGUGGUGGUUCCUCUGGGAGAGGCCCUCUGUGCUCACCAGACACGCUACCUGCAGGUGCUGGAGAAAUUCAUGUCUCGCCUGGUCCAGAACCGGGUGAUGGCUCACAAGGACCUGAGGACUCUCACCAAAUACCAGCUCAUCCUCGCCAGGGACCAGUUCCGUAAAAACCCACCGCCAUACAUCAAGGGUCCACAGCAGGGAAUGCUGGAGGGUGACUUUGCCCUUUGCAUCAGUUUGUACCACGGCUACGAGCUCCUGAUGCAGAUGGGGCUCAGAUCGCUGUUUUUUUACAUCCAGGGAAUCAUGGAUAGAUCCAGAGACUUGUCCAGGGCCAGGAAUGAGCUGCAGAGGACGCCCACCUUCAUGGACCUCUACCAUGAGAUGGAAGCAAUGUUUAUGAAGCCAUCUGCUGGUCCAGAUGAGCCAUUCAUUUACAGUCACCCUAAACUGGAGAAACUGGAGGGGGUGGUGCUGCAGCACUUCAGACAGUGGGCUGAGAGCUCUGCAGAGGAUAAUGGUUCAGGUCCUCGGGAAGUAAGCACACGCGUGAUGAUUUUUUCAUCGUUCCGUGAAAGCGUACAGGAGAUCGCAGCUAUGUUGAACCGCCAUGCUCCGCUGAUCAGGGUCAUGACUUUUAUGGGCCAAGCUUCAGCUGGGAAGGGGGUUAAAGGCUUCACCCAAAAGGAACAGCUGGAGGUGGUGCACAGGUUCCGUCAGGGAGGCUUCAACACGCUGGUGUCGACCUGUGUGGGGGAAGAGGGGCUGGACAUCGGAGAGGUGGACCUCAUUGUUUGCUUUGAUGCGCAGAAGAACCCCACCCGCCUCGUGCAGCGAAUGGGACGUACUGGACGAAAGCGGCAGGGACGCAUCGUCAUCAUCCUGGCUGAGGGACGUGAGGAGAGGACCUACAACCAGAGCCAGAGUAACAAGCGCAGUGUGUACAAGUCCAUCACUGGCAACAAAAGCGGGUUCCAUAUGUACCCCAACAGUCCCCGCAUGCUGCCUGAGGGGGUGAACCCCACCCUGCACAAGAUGCACAUUACCUGUGGCCAGUUUGACCACCGGGAGAGCAGCAGCAGGCGGUCGUCUGUCCGGGGUCGACGGUCCCACUCUGAGGGACGGGCCUCACUCAUCCACCCUCAAAACCUGAUUCGGCAGGGCAGUGCAAUGUCGGACGGGUUUCUUAGCAGUGCAGAAUAUUCCCUAUGGGCGUCCACCAUGAAGCUGGAGGAAGAUGAAGCUCAUCCAACCCUGAAGCAGUCACACUUCAUGUCCAUACCCAGUGAUCAUCCACCUCAGGAGGAAGACGGACCUCCAUCCAGAGAGCUGUCUUUGUGGGAAUGGAGACACUGGCAGCACAAAGUGCUUCCUACCCAUGUUGUUGAUCACUCCCUCCGCUGCAACCAUUUCAUUAAGGUGAUGGAGCUCAUAGACGGCAUGAGAGAGGAAAAUGAGGGGGAGUGUCAUUACGAGCAGGAGCUUCUUCCGUACCUCCACAAAGCCGACGCUGUUGGUAACUCGAAAAACGGACAGAAGAAGCAGAGGAGCACAAAGACAUGUGCUAAAACUACUAACAACAAACCCAAACCAUCUCACUCGGCGCUGUCUGAUCUGGAAUGUAAUGGUGAGGAAGCAGAGAGGGAAAAAACACAGACAACAAGUUUAGUUUCCAAGGUAGCUGUGACAAAACAAAGACCUCCAGCUGAACAUGAUACUGAGGGGCCCUAUGAUGACUUCACAGAUCACCCAGGACCUGAGGCUAUUUGUCCUCGUCCCUCAAAAAAUGACUGUCCAGAGGCUGACAUGGAUGAUGACUGUGUCAUUAUUAAUGAGGAUGCCGUAGAAUCAGAGCGAGCAGCGACAGAGACCGUAAACUCGGACACCGUUUCACAGCGGAUUCCAAAAAUUGAUGAAGAUGAAGAUGUUGAGGUCCAGGCCAUGUUCUACCUUCCUAAACAGGAUUCAGCACUUCCUCUCUCAUCUCCUAAACUCCUCCCAGGAAGAGAUGAGAGUCUGAAGGUCAUCCUGGCCAACGUGGCGGAGCUCCUGUCCCGAUCUCCAGUGUCACCGACUUCAGAUUUAGAGGCUGACAUGACUGCUCCGUCACUUCCUCCCUCUCCUCAGCGGCUUCAUGAGCCAUUUCAGGUCAGCUUCACCCUGGGUGUAGACGACGACGACGACGACGAUGAAGUGAUGAUAAGCGAUGCAGAUGAUGCCCCCCACAGGGCGGAUUCAUACCAGCCCAAAAUCUGUAAUGAUUGGCCUCGUCAGGAGCAACAGCCUGUCCCUGUAGCUGCCGAGAGUCCGACCUGGGACGAAGUUUUUGGGGAUGAAGAGGAUGAUCAUCAGGUUAGGGAUGACAGCAAGGAGACAGAUGACGAAAUGUCCAGUAAGGACAAAGAGAUUGGUGAGGAAGCUGGAAAGAAUAUGGAAAGCCUGGAUGAUGUGAGGAAUGAUGAAAUGCCAGACUUUACGGAUGGAGGUGUAGAGGACAACAGGGCCUCGCAGUGCAGCUCUCACAUGGACAAGAGCAUGGAUCUGUUUGGGGAUGACACAGCCUUCCUGCAGAUAACCAUCCCAGACAUUUCCACACCUGGGGUCACACCCAGGGCAUCCCCUUGUGCUGGUGAUAUUUCCAAUAGCACAAAAGAGACGUCUAACACUUCACAAGUGCAUAACCCAAUGAACCCAUGCAGCACUACGCACACAGCAGACACCACACAUAGAUUAAACACAGUACAAACAGGCCAAGUAGCACACGCAAAUCACAUAACACAUACUCCGCAUGCUGAGCUGAUAACUCAGAAUGCAACUGCUUGUAACACUACAAUACAUUAUGCGCAUACAUCGGCACCCAGUGAAACUGUAACAUACAAUUCGGUGACAGACAAGGUAAUUGCAGCUCACUGUCAAUCUCCCAAUGUGCAACAAAAAGCUGAGUCAUUUGACAGAUCCCAUGACUACUUCUCUGUCAACUUUGACCUUGGCUAUUCACUGGAGGACUCAGAGGACGAAGCAGAGGUAGAGGCUGCUCCUGCCCCAUGCAUGUUGACCUCUCCACAGCCUAAAAAGCAGGCGGACUCCCCAGUGUCUUUGCCGGCCCUCUCUAACUCCUCCACUCCCUAUAACAGCUUCACCAGACAGAGAACGCCUGCGCAGUUCAGUGAAUCUAAACUGUCUACACCACAAAUGUAUUCAGAGCAUAGGAAGAGAGAAAUGUCCUCUCCUCUGAGUUCACCUUUGAUGUCCAAAUGUGGGGCACUCCCAUCUCCAAUCAUGUCAGUGGGAGUAAGGAGGAUGCCGGUGCCCCGCCCGGCCGGGCCUAACACACCUCCUUCACUCUUCAGCUUGAAACGGAAACAACCGGCGGGUUGCACCGCCGAGGCCGAGAGAGGGUCAGGUGCGAAAAAGUCAUGUCAGGAAUCUGUUUGUGUGUCUGACUCCCCUCAUCAUUAUCCAGUGGGGUGCAACAGUGACAGUGAAGAUGACGUUGUGCUCCUUAAAAGAAGACACCAGAACAAGGUCAACCCCUUGUCAUCCCCAGAAGUGUCCAAGAUCUCCAGUGACGUGGACUCUCCAUUGAUUGUGAACAGGAGACGUGCAGCUGCACUUAAUACUUCUAAUGAAACAGAGGGCGAAGCUGCUUCUGAUGAUGAUUUCCAGAAUGAGAGUGUGUUCACAUGCAGAACCACAGCGCAGGGAGCCGAGAGGAAACGAGUCCAGCAGGCCAAAGCCAAGCACAACGUAUGUCGAAAAGGGCGUCAGUUCCUGGAUGAAGAAGCGGAGCUGUCGGAGGAUGAGGAGGGUGCAGACGUGUCAUCAGAUGAGGAGGAUGGAGAGGAGCAGAACCAGUCUCUUGAUGGAUUUGUGGUUGAUAACACACACUUCUCACAGGGACUGAAUGAAUCAGAGAUGCAUGGGGUCUACCUGAAGUCAGUGAGAAGCCCUGCAGUCCAGGGCAAGUUCAAAAUGUCUUACAGAAACCGUCACAGCAUCAACGUCUUUUCCCAGGUGCCUGAGAUGGAUGAAACAUAUGCAGAGGACAGUUUUGUGGUUGGCAGUGAGGUGGAGGAAGACGAGGAGGAGGAGAGCAGCGAGGAAGACGUUGAGCUCAUGCCUGAGGACUCAUAUGUGGACGGCAGGAGGCAGUACGCCACCAGACGGCGGGUUUUCCUGCACAAAGUCAGAGCAGGAGCCGGAGCCGGCUCUAAGAGCAAGGCUGAAGCUCCACCAGAGCAGAGAGCUGGGGUGAAAACAAAGCGAAACCGGGUCAUACGCAUUAACGAUUCUAGUGAUGAGGAGACAAAUGAAGUUAAUAAAGAGAGAAGUCUUGUAACAGGAGGGGAUGUUGCUGUCAUCAUGCGGCCUAAGGCGGCAAAGCUAGAGCCCAGCAGGCCUCAGCAGCAGCAGCAGAAAGCCCCAUCCUCCUGGUCGACAUCCAUUGCGUCCAAGGUCUCAUUGUUGAGCAAAGCACAAAGGAGCUCAGUGACUGAAGAAGAGCAAAAUGAGAGGUGUCGCCAGAGGUUAGAGAAUCAACAUCUCCUCUCUGACGAGCUAGACUUUGUGGAAUCUGUGUUAUCCUCCGAGAAUCAACCCCAGGCAGCCCUCGCCACCUCCUCAGUGCCUCAGCCCCAGAGGACCACUGGUCAGGAUGUGUCAGUCCGCGAGUCCACGGCUCCACCCGGGUCUGUCUGCAUUCUGGUGGACAGUCGCUGCAUCAGCACCGGGGUGGAGUUGAUGACCAGCCUGCGUCAGCGCCACGCCGCCACCGUCCACGUCUGCUCACUGGACAGCAGCUACUUCAUCGUCAGCAACCGCAUGGCAGUGGAGAGGCACAGCCAGUCAGAUCUGGCCACGAUGCAGAACCGGAAGCGAUUGGCUGAGAGAGUGAGCAGCUUGCAGGGAUUGUUUGAGCGAGUUUGUCUGAUUGUGGAGAAGGACCGAACCAAGCCAGGUGAGACGUCACGUCCAUUUCAGCGAACGCGUUACUAUGACAGCACGUUAGCGGGGCUGGUGCACACCGGGGUUCGCUUGCUGUGGAGCGAUGGUGCCGAAGAGAGUGCCAGUUUACUGGCGGACCUGGCACGCCUGGAGCAGCGUAAAGGUCAGGGUAUCAGCGUACCGGUGGAGGUCAAAGGGCAGCACAGGCAGCAGGCCCUGCAGCUGUUCUUGAGCCUGCCUUCUAUCAACUAUGUCCAUGCUCUCAACAUGAGCCACAACUUCAGGUCAAUUGGCCAACUAAUAAACAGCUCCAUUGAAUCCAUACAGAAUGGAGGUUGUAUGAGUCAAUCCAGAGCUGAGGAGAUCUACCGCUUCUUGCGUUACUCCUGUGACUCCUUCCUCAUGAACACAUCAAAAGCAGGAAAAACCAGUUAGCCCCCCAGGGGGGGAGACAACACUGUAGGAAUUCCACAAGCUGAAAUCCAUCUCUACCACUAUCCCAUGCAUUUCCUUCUUCCUGUUUCUCCACUUAAUACUUUAUAUCUUUCCUUUUUACCAAAAUAUCUUUGCUUCUUUGUUUUCAGUCUAACCAGGGACCAGAAGGCAGCAGUUACUCUGCUAUGUACAGUAAUUGCUCUAUCUGACGUCGUAUCACAAUGAGAGCAGAGCCUCAGGAUAUUGGAUCAGCCUUUUUGCACAAGUUGAGGGGGACCCUACUCAACGUCACAUGAAUGUUAUGUAAUACAGUGGGUUUCCAUAUAGGGUAUACUACAUGUUUAAUCAUUUGGGUGAGCAGUGUUUCCUUUCAAACUUGUUCUGGCAGUAAUCUUGUCAGAUCAUAAGAACUCAAUCGAUAUUUGAUUAACACUUGAAUAACUUAUUGUUUUUGUUACAAUAAUGGAUACAUUUGUUUACAGCUGUACACACAAAAAAGAAAAAUGUCACAUUUCUUUAAUAAACAAUUUUUUUGUCCAUGA